AUGGAUAUGGAAAAUAUUCGUCAAGUACUUGAAGAUGCUGCUCAAAUAUUUUUAUCAGCUGCAAAUACAAUUACAAAUGAAAGACGUCGCGAAGCUGAAAAAGUUUUUUUACAAUUUCGUCGUUCACAAUUUUCACUUGAUUUAUAUCGUUAUUUAAUUGAACAUUCAUCAUCAAGUUAUGUUGUUUAUCAAACAUUAACAGCACUUCGUGAAGGUAUUGUUAAAGAAUGGUCAUCAUUAGACGAUGCACUAAAAGAACAAGUUGUACAGUAUCUUUUAUCAUAUGUUUAUACACAUUAUUCAACAUUAUCUGCACAUGUACGAGAACAAGCUUUACAAAUAUUAGUUGUUAUUAAUAAACGACGAAAAGCACAACGUGCACAAAUGGCUAAAAAUGGUUUUACUGUUAGUUUAGCAUUAAUUAAUUUAUUACAAUCAACAAAUAACCAAGAAUUUGAAUUUGGUUUAACAUUACUUAAUGCAUUUAUCAAUGAAUAUAGUUUUAGUAAUGCUAAUGAAGCGGGAUUAACCAUUGAACAACGUCAUUCUGUAAAACGAGAUUUUGAAGAAAAUGAAUUGAAAACAGUUUUUGAAUUAUUAUUAAAUAAACUUCAAAGUAAUCUUUCAUCAAUAUCAUCAUCUAAUCAUCAAUUAUUUUCAUCAAUAUUAACAACUAUUGAAAAAAUUCUAUUAUGGAAUUUUUCAUCAUCAUUUCCAAAUACACGUCGUACUAUGGAAUCAUCAAGUAAUGUUGAAACAAUUGAUUGGAGACCACCAAUUAGUUGGAAACAAUUAGUGUUUGAUCAACAACUUGUCGAAUUCUUUUUUCAUAUUUAUGCUACGCUUAAAUCAAUGAAUGAAACUAAAAUUCUAUUGCAACGUCGUUGUCAGAUACUUCGUUGUCUUUCUCAAUUGGCUUGUUUAAAUGGUCCAUUAGUUAGUGAUGAACAAUGUCGUUUACGUUAUUUAACAACAUUUUCAUAUUAUUUUGUUCAAACAUUUUUAAUAAAUUCAACAUUAACAAUUAAUUUAAUUGAAUGUUUUGAUAUUUCAAAUAUAAUAUCAAAUUUAAUAACAUUAUUUACUGUAAAAGGUUUUUGUUCAAUGAAUAAUGAUUUAUGUAAUUCAUUUUUACAAUUAAUGUCACAAAUAACAAUACUUCUAUGUCGUACAACAAUAACAUCAUCAAAUAAUCAAUUAGAUAAAAUAAUUGAAGAUCCAACAAUAGCUAAAGAAACAUUUGAUCGUUUAUUACAAGCUUGGUCAAGAUUAUUAUAUGGAAUUGAUUUUGGAAGAUUUGCUAAUUUAAGAUCAUUAGCUAUUGAAAUAUUUGAUACUUAUCUUCAAACACAUUUACAUAUUAAUGAUAAUCAUGAAGUUAAUGAUUUUAAUUUAGCUGAUAAUGAUAAUGAUGAAGAUGAUAGAGAUUUAUUUAGGUAA